AUGUCGCACAUCAAACCACCCCAGACUGUGGUGAUCGUCGGAGGGGGCAUCGUUGGCUCCGCUUUGGCCCACUUCCUGUGCAUCUCUAAUGUCAAUCGCCAGAUCACCGUGGUGGACCGAUCUCUCAGCCCGCUCGUAGGGUCGACCGGCCACGCGCCUGGGUUCAUAGGCCAGUUCAAUGACUCCGAGGUCCUCACGCGCCUCGCCAUGGCCACCGUUUCGGAGUACCGCAAGAUCCCCGGUGGCUUUGACGCCGUCGGCGGCCUCGAGGUCGCGCACAGCAUCUCCGGCGUCGAGCGGCUCAAAUCGAGACAAAGCAAGGCAGCGGCCCUCGGUCUUCCUGCCCAGCUGUUGAGCAUGCGUCAAGCGAGUCAGAUGGCACCGGACCUGGUACGAUCGUCAGACACUGAGUCCGGGGCCGCCCUUAGCUUCUCCAGUGACGGGACAGCCGACGCCAACUGCAUCACCGCUUAUUUCCAGCAGAGCGCUAAGGCGAACGGCGUGCAGUUCGUCGAGGCCGAGGUCCGCCGCCUAAUUAUCGCCGACGGCCGCACUACCGGUGUCGAGCUGGGAAACGUCUCCUCCAGCCGGCAGCUAAUCGCCGACGUCGUCAUCUUGGCAACCGGCGUCUGGGCGCAGACGCUGUUGGCGCGUGAACAACAACACCAGCAGCAGCAGCAGCACCACCACCACCAGCACCAGACUGCGGAUGGAACUCCGCUGCCAGUCGUCCCUGUCGUGCCAGUCGGACACCCGUAUCUGCACGGUGAGGCUAGACCAUCACUCGGCAGAAAGAUGCCGUUUGUGCGCUGGCCAGAACACCACGUCUAUGCGCGCGAUCACGGGGAUCGUUACGGCCUUGGCACGUACGACCACCAACCGCUUGAGUGCAAGCUCACGAACGGCACGGCGAUCGGCGACUGGGUUCAAGGGUUCGACGCGCCCCUAACGACGGCCACGAGCCUUGUGCCGGACGAGGCGUCAAAGCAGCUGCGGGCUGGCGUCAAAUUCAACGGCAUCUUCUCCAUGACGCCUGACAACAUGCCCUGGCGGGAGCCAGUUAUUGAUGGUAUUGAUGGCGAUGAGGCAGUUCGGAGGGCGCUGGACCCCGAGCGGUUCAAGGGCGGCGACUUGGCGACUUUGGAAAAGGCAUCCCUUGAAGGGUACAACGAGAUCUACAAGACACAAGAGGCGCAACUAUAG